AUGGCUUAUGCAGGAGCUGAAGAGACGACUAAGAGCUGGACCUUCGUGGGCUUCGAAUGGGUCGUUCGAGACGUCUGCAAACUCAGGAACUUCGUCGAAGGCUUUCCAUCACCGGAAGGUCCCGAUGCCACUCCUAGCGAAGCGGACGAUUUCGACAUAUUAAAACACUCUCCUGUCAUUGGCGAUGGCAAGUUCAAGCUCGAGAUAGCGCGUACUGCACCAACAAAUGAAAUAAACUCGACAAUAGCUAAGCCAUCUGGACUCGCACUGUAUAUCACCCCGCUCACGCUCGACUUCGCUCAUCCGCAAUACGAAAUGUCUGCAACGAUGAUGGCUGGGAUCAAAUGCCAGGAUGACCGGGCAGGGGAAAGAGGAGCUCGAGCUGAUUGGCCUUUUGAAGUCUGGCAUGACUGGGUGUUUAGACAGGACAACGAAGUUUGGGAAUGCGCACUUCCUUCAUUAUCAGCGCUUCUGGAGAACCCACGAAUCGGCGACACAGACUCAUUCGUGAUUUGCGUGCAAAUUCAUUGCCCUGUUGGACCUUCCUUACCUGCCCAGCCUUCCGUGUACUAUGUUCCGAAAGAUCUCCUGGAUGGACUAGAGGCCUCUCUAGAUAACCCCAACACCGGCGAUAUUCAGUUCGUUUGUCUGGAACGACUUGCAGCGGACCCUCCACCGUCACCAAACCUCACUCCUGAAAUGUCACCCAUCACCCGUACUCGUCCAUCUUCUUCGAACUCUUCGAUAUCACCCUUCGCGCCCGAGAUGACUGCUCGAAAGCGCAUCAUCUACGCCCAUUCCGACAUCCUCAUUCAUCGCUCAGAAUAUUUCGCCACCAUGCUCUCUUCCUCAUUUUCCGAAAAUCAAGUAACAACCAAUGGUGAACGUAAACUGUUCACUAUCGUCGUGGAGGAGGCGGACUUUGAGACCAUUUACUGGUUGCUGAAGUAUUGUUAUGCUAAUUGGCUGUUAUUUAAAGAAGUUGAUGAUCCACGAGCAGCUGUAGACGGUGUUGGCCGGGGCUGGAGUGCGCAUUGGUUGCAUGCUCGGGGAGGUGAAUGGGAUUGGAAAACAUUUCCAAAGCAUGGUCCUACCGAUGAUCAUACAGCUGCAGAUUCUCGGAGUGCUGCUAGCGGAGAAAGCCUCGAUGGGCGGAGGUCUCCCACAGGCAAAACGAAGAUCCCGGUCGUUCAGCCUGCACAAAUCAGGCCUCCACCUUCUACCCCAUCCGUUUCAAGGAUAAGUACCAGCAUUGUGUCUGGAGCACAAAAAACAUCUCCGAGUGCAGCACGCGUUUCGCCCACUGCACCCACUUCUUCCGCCAGUCGACGCGUUGGCAGUACAUCUAGCUCCAUACCUCUUAAUAUGUCUGCCGCUUCUGUUCGUUCUAAACAUGUACCUAUUCCUCUCGCUUCGGUGCCACCAUCGAACUUUCCACCCGCUUCCCACUACCCCGUAUCUCCUCACUCACAACGUCCGCGUGGGUCUAGCAAUGUUUCAGCUUCAGAUCCCCAUAUACAUCCGACUCCUCCCCCGCCUCCGGCGUCUGCGUUGGCCAUGUAUCAAGUCGCUCAUCGAUAUGCGAUGCCUGGUCUUUCGGUGCUUGCGUUAGAGCAUAUGAUGAAUACUAUAACGCCGGCUUCAAGUUUUGCGCUGUUGUUGGCUACGUCCGCUUGGGAUGAGUUGAAGACGCUUGUCGAAGAUUAUGUCGUCGACAAGUGGGACGAGGUAUCGGUUUCUGAAGAAUUUGAAGUCUGCUGUCAGGAGGUUGCAGCUGGAGAAUGGGGUCCGGAAGGGGGUAUCACACUCAUGGCACUUUUCAGGAGACUGAGAUCACCUACUACGAUAAUGUAUGCCCGAUCUUGA